GGGAGUGCCUAACUUUGUUCAAGUUCAACAUCCACGGGUAUUUUUAGCUGCUUGACACACGGAGAAACUGAUGAUUUUUAGGACCUCAUCUACUCCCUUACAUAUGAGGAGCUGCUUGGGAAACUUGAUGUUCUCAUACACUCGCAAGUUCAGGUUGUCUAACACUGAUGGUUAAUUCAGAGGAGUUUAGCAUUCUGCUAGAACUGCAUAUCGUUAGCAAACUUAGCUGGCUAUCCUGGCUAGCUGUAGUUAGCUGCCCCCUAACAAAUGUUGUUUCGGUUUUGCUCUUGACUUGUCGGUUAGCUUUGUGUAGACAUUCCAGCGUGUAAUACUGCCCAGCAGAGCUAACCUAACCUAGCUAGCUUAGUUGUUUCAUUAAGUAUUACUUAGCUAAGUGCGAUGGCUCCUAGGAAAAAGCCGCUGCCUUCUCCGCUGCCCAACGACUGGAUUUUGAGAGAUACAGAAAAGAGGAAGUGGCGCCUUGGCAAAAUCAUUGGUGAAGGCGGAUUCGGAGUGAUUUAUUUGGCUUCAGAUUGUGUGGAUGCACCUGUACCAGAAGAUACUAAUUAUGUGAUUAAAGUUGAAUUUCGUGAAAAUGGACCUCUUUUCUCAGAGCUAAAGUUUUAUCAAAGAGCAGCAAAACUGGAUAAUAUCAAAAAAUGGAAGAGAAACAAAAGGCUUGAUUUUUUGGGUAUUCCAACCUACUGGGGCUCCGGACUCACUGAAUAUAAUGGAACAAGCUACAGGUUCAUGGUAAUGGACCGGCUGGGUACUGACCUGCAGAAGGUGAUUGUGAAAAAUGGUGGACAACUGAGGAAGCAGACAGUGUUGCAGUUGGGUUGCCUCAUGCUGGACGUGCUGGAAUAUAUUCAUGACAACGAAUACGUCCACGCUGACAUUAAGGCUGCCAAUCUCUUACUGGGCCACAGAGACCCAGGCAAGGUAUACUUGGCUGACUACGGCCUGUCGUACAGGUACUGCCCUAACGGAGAGCAUAAAGAGUACAAAGAGAACCCAAAGAAAGGACACAAUGGCACUAUUGAGUAUACAAGCAUUGAUGCACACAAAGGCGUAGCCCCGUCCAGACGAGGGGACCUGGAGGUGCUAGGCUACUGCCUGCUCCAUUGGCAGUGCGGAACUCUGCCCUGGCUCUCAGUGCUCAGGAAUCCAGUGCAGGUCCAGGAGGCCAAGGCCAAGCUAAUUGCUGACCUGCCGGACUCAGUCAUCCAAAUGUCUACCUCUGGCUUCACUACAGAGGUAGCCAGUUUUCUGCUUGGUGUGAAAGCCCUUGGAUACAGUGAGAAGCCAGACUACCAGGCCCUGAGGAAGGUCCUGUUAGGGGCUGGGCCUUGGGGCCCCCUGGACCUCUCCAGGCCGAGAACAGUGGAGACAGCCUGGCCAGCCAUGAACAGGAACUCAAGUUCAGAGAAAUCAAGCAAACUAAAGCCAGCGACUGAGGAUGAAGAUGGAAACUGGGCUACGGCGAAGUCCAUACCGCCCAAAGUUCGCUACAGAAUCCAAGGGGAGUCAAAGACCAUUGAGCAGGAACCAUGGAAAGCUAUAUCUAAAGCUGAGGAACCUGCCAAAUCUAGGCCUGUGGCCAAUGAUGAAGAUGACCUUUGGCAUCAUGAAGUCCACAGCAAAAUACAAGAAGGCACAAAGAAAAGACACAGACAAAAGUCAGCCCUGGUAUCUGGAGUCAUGAGAACAGAUGAAGCCUGGCUGCCCACAAGAAAACAACGUCAUGAGCUUCAACCCGGGUUCAUCCCUGAUGUUAGUGACCACUGGGGAAGAAACUGCAACGUAUGGGAAGACUACUGCACAAGCCCCAGUGAAGAGGAUGUGAACUGGAAUGGGCAUCAGUGGACUGGAUGUGCUUAUGAGUACACAGACGACCAGUACAGUCACAAUAACGGCAAUAAUUUAGCAAACGUUCAUCGUACACGCUGGAGCCUUGAAAUGUAUGCAGGUGUUGUUGUUGUUGCACUCUUCCUUACGCUGGUUGUCAUAACUGUCUUUUAAAAAUGGAGCUUACUGUUGAUAUUCCAGGACCAUUAAUUAUUUCUUAUGAUUCUGGUUUAAAAAAAAACACAACUGAAGCAUUUGCACAGAAAAGAAAGCACUGUUGCAUGUCAGGGUUUCUGAAUGGCCAUUUUCACUGUGAUAGGCUGAAAGAAAUAAAAAAAAAAAGUAUUGUUUAUUUUCAUUGCAGAUACAUGCACAAGACUAUUUUUAAGACAAGCAUUUGAAAUAAAUGAAUUUGUUUCAAAGACUG